AUGCCGGCUCUUCCACGUGUUGACAGAUUGAAACCAAUUUAUACAGCUGCAAAAGCGUUGAAUUUUGGCUGGAGGUUUUCGGAUUUCUUGAAAAUUCCCAACUACAAUGGGAUUUCACGAUACACUAAUCAACUUCAUCGAGUGACUUUUCGUUUUUGUAAGCAAAGUGAAGAUAGUGUUGGAGUGAGAAAUUUCAUUGAAGAAAGAUUGGUCGAAAUCGGCAAGUUAUUUUAUUUUAUACUUAAUUUAAUGAAAGCGACUUUUAUUGAUUUCUAAUAUUUUAGGUAAACAAAAUCCAUCAGUUGUAAUUUAUGCUCAACCAGUUCGAAAUACAACUCCAACAAUUCGCGCAGAAUAUGGAAAUGGCCGUCAACUUCAAAUCAACGCUAAAAAUCUAUCAAUGGACGAUAUCACAAAAGACGUACAUUUAUUAUUCUCUCGAAGUGGAAAUCCAGUAACAAAGCUUGAAUCAAGACAAUCUGCAUUAGUUCCAUCAAUUCAGGUAUUUUUGGAAAUUACAUAUUUUUCUUAUUAUCGUGGAAUGUUCAGGGUCAAUGGACACCAAUAACUUGGUUGUCUACUGCAAUGAAUACAGAAAAUUUGCCGAACAAAAACUUGUCAACUUUCAAAUCUUGCAAAACUUCAGCAACCGAAUAUCUUCAACAAAAAAAUGCAGAAUAG